UCUUACCGGCCGGUCUCAGCUGCAGACAUGUUCGCGCUUCUUAGCUUCCUCCUUAUCGCCGGCUCCUUCCGUCUUCAAGACGUCUCAGCUCAAACAGGCUCCAACACGACCGUUGCCGUGACGACCGUUGCCAUGACGACAGGUCCGGGCCGGCAAGGGGGCGGAGGGCAGGCCGAGGGGACCGUCAGCACGGAAGUACUCGGCUGCACCCCCACGCCCCGUGACGUGCAGGGCCCGUACUACCUGCCGGGAGUGAAGCAUCAGCAUGUGGUGUGCCGCGGAGGGCCCUAUCUACUGGUCACCGGAACGGUGAGAGACACCAGGUGUUCCCCGGUUGCCAAGGCAACGCUGGAGGUGUGGCAGGCCGACCCGACCGGAUGCUACAAGAUCAACCCGCAGCGGCCGAAUUUCUGCCGCGGGAAGGUGCGGACGGACGCCCGGGGUCGGUACAGCUUCCUGACCGUCAUGCCGGGGCAGUACGGGUCCGGCUGGUGGCACGCCAGGCCCGUACAUGUGCACUUCAGGGUGAGCGCGCGGCGCAGGCGGCCCCUGGUUACCCAGCUGUACUUCUCCGGUAACGCCAGCCUGGGCGAGCGCGACCCGUGUAAGUUCUGUGGGUCGGACAACCCCAGCCAGCUCACCACGCCCAGGCCACCUAGCGGCGCGGAGGAGAACUACACCGUCGGCGGCACCCGGUACAGAGUGCGGGAGGUAGCGGAGUGGGACAUCGUUCUGAACUGAGUAGAAAUGUGUGGCUAACCAAACUUUAGGUACAGGUACAUGGGUUUAGGACGUUAGCAUAAACGUAAACAAGUCUGGUCUAUCAUGUUUAAGUUAUCAUGAAAGUUCAUCUGUGUUGGUAGUUAUCAUAGUAAGAUAUUACUGUUCGUUAAAGUGAUUGGCAAUUAAUUAUCCUGUGUUCAUUAUGCGACAGUGUUCAUUGAAAAUUUGAUCUCUGUGAAACACUUGUGUUGGAAUUAAGUUCAACAAUGUUAAGUUAUACAUGUAGCUAAGGAGCAGCUGUCAUUUUUGGUACAGGUUCAGUCCAGGAUUUUAGGAACAGGCCCAGACCUGUAUAACAUACCUUAACAAGUUUGACCAACCAUCUGUGAGUCAUACAUGCAGUAGUAUCUCUAGUCUCGUAUUGUUCUCUAUAUAUGAGGGUCUUCAUAUUUUGAUCUAGAAGCAAGUGUUGUCAUCUUUGAGAUACAUGUACAAGUGUUUUAUUUUGUCCAUCCAACCGAAUGUUCUGCCAAUGAAUAUUGUGCAAUUCAGCCAGUUGGCUGCAAAACAAAUGAAUAAACCAGUUUUAAUCAAUCA